AUGUCAAGUAGUGAGAUAUGGAAUAGAGUGAAUAACAUAAUUUCAAGUUCCUAUUGUAAAAGUCUUACUACUAAUGAAGCAGAAACUCUUCUUGAGAUUCAGGAAUUGAAAAAUGAAGAAACAAAAAUAUCAACUGCCGAAACUGUUCUAAAGUUGGAUUUGAUAGAUGCAUAUACACAAAGAGUUAAGAAAAUCAAGAAACUUGAAAAGUUUCUGGAUUUAGCUGAUGAAUUAAAAGAUAAUAAAAAAUUACGUUCCGAUAUUCGUGAUAUUCUUCUUACAGGCAAUGAAAAAUUCACCUUAUCAUCAAAGCGAACAGUCGUACCAAAUUAA